AUGGCUGCCCCCGUCCUCCCUCUCCAGCAGGUCAAGCUCCCGGCCCUGCCCUCGACCCGAUUGACGCCGGAGCAACAAUACUGGAAGACCUUCAAGAACCCUCUCCUGAUCCCCUCACCUGCCAAUGGCCCCGUCAACCUCAUCACCCAACCCUCCGCUCCAUCCUCCGUCUCUGCCUUCCCCUCCCUCACCCAGCCCCCCGACGUCUUCACCGUGACCACCGGCGCCCGAGUCCAGAUCUACUCCAUCCGCACUCGCAAACUCCUCCGCACAAUCACCCGCUUCGAUGAUACAGUCCGAGGCACUGAUGUCCGUCCCGACGGCCGAGUCAUCGCCGUCGGUGACGACUCCGGUACCGUCCAGGUAUUCGACGUGAGCUCCCGUGCCAUCUUGAAGACUUGGAAGGAUCACAAGCAGCCCGUCUGGGUCACCAAAUUCUCGCCCAGCGACCCCACAUCCGUCCUGACUGCCAGUGACGACCGGACAGUGCGGCUGUGGGAUCUCCCCAGCGAGUCCAGCGCCAAGGUCUUCGUCGGACACACUGAUUACGUGCGCAGCGGUGCCUUCAUGCCCGGAUCCCUGGCCUCCUCCGGCCUAGUCGUCUCCGGUAGUUACGAUCGGACCGUGCGACUAUGGGAUCCCCGCGUCGAGAACCGCUCCGCAAUGACCUUCAAGAUGGGCGCCCCGAUCGAGACCGUCCUCCCCAUGCCCACCGGCACGACGGUGCUCGCCGCAGCCGACAACAAGAUCGCCGUGUUGGACAUCGUGGCCGGAAAGCCCCUGCACAUGAUCCAAAGCCACCAGAAAACGGUCACAUCCCUGGCACUCGCAUCAAACGGCGAGCGCCUGCUCUCCGGUGCUCUGGACGGCCACAUGAAGGUAUUCGAAACCACCGGCUGGAACAUGGUCUCUGGCUCCAAGUACCCAUCCCCCAUUCUCUCCCUGAACGCCAUCACAUCCGGCAUCGCCCAAGAAGACAAGCACAUCGCAGUGGGUAUGCAAUCCGGCCUCCUCUCCAUCAAGACCCGACUCUCCGGCCAGCAGAAGAUCCGUGAACGCGAACGCCGCAAGGAAAUGCGGGCCCUGCUCGAGGGCAAACUGGAGGAACACGACCGCAAGGUAGCCAAGCAGAAGAAGGUCCGCGGCUCCGGAUGGGAGAAGCGACUGCGCGGGCGCGAUUUCGUCGGCGAAGGCGUGGACAUUGUGAUCGAGGGCCGGGACCGCAAGAAGCGGAAGAAGGAGCAAAGCUGGGAGCAUGAUCUGCGCAAGGCGCGGUAUUCUGCAGCGCUGGACCAGGUCCUGGGGACAAGCGACAAGACGGCGCAGCUGACGCUGUUGACGGCGUUGCGACACCGGUCGGCGCUGCGGGCGUCGCUGCAGAACCGCGACGAGGUCACCCUGCAGCCGGUGCUGCAGUGGGUGCAUAAGAGCAUUACGGAGCCGCGGCUGGUGCAUCUGAGCGUGGAGGUGGCGAUGAAUGUGUUGGACAUUUACUCGGGCAAUCUGGGACAGUCGGCUCAGAUCGAUAAGAUGGUGGAGCGGCUGCACCGGCGGGUGCGCGACGAGGUGGAGAUGGCGCAUCAAGCGUGCCAGACAAAGGGCAUGUUGGAGAUGUUGCAGGCCGCGGCGUAG